CGAGACGACAGCAAGCUAGAGCGCCUUGUGUCGACGUCACGUUGGUGUCAGUGAAGUAGACAGCUGGAGUACGGAAUAUGAAAGUUGAUGGGAGUUGGGAGCUGCCGUUAUUGUAACCCCAUUUGAAGGCUCUUUUUAUUUAUAUAACAGCUCUUAAUUAGCGUGAGGAGAAGCUUUACAGUAUGGACCAGCCGGCACCCAAAAGCAAGUUGAAAAAACUGAGUGAAGACAGUUUAACAAAGCAGCCAGAGGAAGUUUUUGAUGUCCUAGAGAAACUCGGUGAAGGAUCAUAUGGAAGUGUUUACAAAGCAAUACAUAAGGAGUCUGGUCAGGUGGUGGCUAUUAAACAAGUGCCAGUUGAAUCAGACUUACAAGAAAUUAUUAAAGAGAUUUCCAUCAUGCAACAGUGUGACAGCCCAUAUGUGGUAAAAUAUUAUGGCAGCUACUUUAAGAACACAGACCUGUGGAUUGUAAUGGAGUACUGUGGAGCAGGAUCUGUAUCGGACAUUAUCAGACUGAGAAACAAAACUCUAACAGAAGAAGAAAUUGCAACCAUUUUGAAAUCAACACUUAAAGGACUGGAGUAUCUGCACUUCAUGAGAAAAAUUCAUAGAGAUAUCAAAGCUGGAAAUAUUCUUCUGAACACAGAGGGACAUGCAAAGUUGGCUGAUUUUGGUGUUGCUGGGCAGCUUACAGACACAAUGGCCAAACGGAACACUGUCAUAGGUACACCAUUUUGGAUGGCUCCAGAAGUAAUUCAGGAAAUUGGGUAUAACUGUGUUGCAGACAUCUGGUCAUUAGGAAUAACCUCUAUUGAAAUGGCAGAAGGAAAACCACCAUAUGCUGAUAUUCAUCCAAUGAGGGCUAUUUUUAUGAUUCCUACCAAUCCACCUCCAACAUUCCGGAAACCAGAGCUGUGGUCUGACGAGUUCACUGAUUUCGUAAAGAAAUGUUUAGUGAAGAAUCCGGAGCAACGAGCUACUGCUACUCAGCUUUUACAGCAUCCAUUUAUUAAAAAUGCAAAACCUGUAUCAAUUUUACGAGAUCUAAUAACUGAUGCUAUGGAUAUCAAAGCCAAAAGGCAUCAAGAGCAGCAGAGAGAGCUGGAAGAAGAGGAUGAAAAUUCAGAUGAGGAGGUUGAGGUUGAUGCUCACACCAUGGUGAAAACCAGAUCAGAAAGUUCUGGCACAAUGAGGGCAUCUGGAACCAUGAGUGAUGGAGCCCAAACAAUGAUUGAGCAUAAUAGUACAAUGCUGGAAUCCGACCUUGGAACAAUGGUGAUCAAUAGUGAUGAAGAAGAGGAGGAGGAUGGCACCAUGAAAAGAAAUGCUACAUCGCAACAGGCCCAGCGACCAGCUUUCAUGGAUUACUUCGACAAGCAGGAUUCAAAAAGCAAAGCACAUGAAAACUGCAAUCAGAAUAAACAGGAACCAUACCACAUAAAUAAAAAUGUGUUUCCAGAUAACUGGAAGGUUCCUCAGGAUGGAGACUUUGACUUUCUGAAAAAUCUGAGUUUUGAGGAACUGCAGAUGAGACUCAGUGCCCUGGACCCAAUGAUGGAGCGGGAGAUUGAAGAACUGCGCCAGCGGUACACUGCAAAGAGGCAGCCAAUUUUGGAUGCCAUGGAUGCUAAGAAACGCAGGCAGCAGAAUUUUUAAAUUGUAAGAAGAAGAAGAAGAAUGCAAAAGCCAGAGCAUUCAGUAACAGCAAGGGCUCCUAGAGUUAAUUCUCUGUGGACAUUGUCAGAUUUGUUUAAAUUGUAUUUAAAUGAAGAUUUGUGCAUCAUUGUAUCUUUGGGCAUUCUUUUCUUUUAUUACUUGUUUUUAGCAUCUCUCACUGGAUACAAUUAGAAGAAUGCCGAAGAAUUAUGGGAGUCCAAGGGAUGCACGCAAGUGUAAACCAAAGAUUAACUGUUGUGGAAUUCUGUUACAAUUUACUUUGGCAUCAGAAAAAAGAAGAAUCUUUGUUCCUUGAUAUGUACUGUUUAUUUUUAUGGACUUGUUGGCACUAUGGCACCCACAUAUUCAUGGAUGCCUGAUAAACUGAGCAUAGUAGUGCUCAACUGCAACACAAAUAUGAACAUGUGGACUAAGAGCAAAUGAAGGCCUUGUGAUCCAGUGAUUUAGUGGGCACAAUACUGGGACCAAUUCAUAUUGUCAUUAAACACAGUCGUUUUGGUAACUUUUCUUAUAUGACUUAAUCUAUUCCUCAAGACUAAUGAUAACAUAUUUAGAUUAGUGAUUUUUUUAUAUAUAUUUUUUGUUUGUGAUCUUUACUUCUGGUUGCUAUUAUAUACCAGAAGUAAACUUACUGACAUUUUCUGAAUUUCUGUCACUGAUGUCAUUUCACUUAUUAAACGUACUGUAAUGGUGUUUUUCUUUGCAACUUCCAGGCUGACUGGAUGAACAGAACAUGAUUGCUCUGCAUGGCUUUGCAUUUUCAAUGCCUGUGACGUUUCUCUCUGUGGUGUUGUGUACCUUUUGAAAGCUCAGGGUUUUAACCAAAUUCAUUUAAUUAUUGUUGCACUUCCCACUCCUGUUCCUUCCCACUUGGCUGAUAAGCACUAAUCAGCCAUUUAGUGUAAAGUUGAGCUUCAGUCUGAAUUUUAGAGUAGUAUUCCCACUGUAAGAUAAGCUGGCAAUUUUUCUGCAUGUGUUUUUGAAACUUGUCACUUACUAAAGGGUUAUAGAAAUCAAAAAAAAAGAAGAGUUAUCAUUACAAUUAUUUGUCAGUUUUCCUUUUUUCAUUGCCAUAUUUAUAAUAGGAUUUAAGCUUGUCUUAUUUUCUGAGUGUUGCUAUUUUCUUAAAUAAGCAGUAGACACCAGAAGCCAUGCUUUGCUUUUUCAAGGCAUUGAUCAUGUUGAUCAAUGGAUAAUUGCAAAAUUCUCCAGUCCCAGAUUCUGCUCAAUUAUAUUAUUGUCUGGUGUGGUAUGGCUCAUUCAGCUAGCAGAUUAAAUUAACAAGAAUGCUUCCAUCAUCUGUACUAUUUUUUCAUUAUGUUAUACUAGGAGAUCCUGAAUAGGCUCAAAUAAAAGCAACCAAAUACACUUAAGGAAAUUUUCUAAUGUUGGCUAAUUACUGCCUCUGCUCACAUCAAGAAACCACAUUUAAUAAGUUCAUGUUAUGCAACAAAUUGAUUUGAAGUUCCCAUGUUAGAGCCUUCUAUAGAUUUUUCCUGGCUGUGAUGAUAUCUUCCUCAUUAGGCCAGCGUUGGAAUGAGAUUUAAUUGGAUGCCAGUUGUUGUAGUCCAAGCCACUAGAGUGAAAAAAUUCUGUCAAGGGGAUAUGCAGCAGUGGACUAAGUAUACAGGCAAAGCACGUCUUCUCAAUGUCAUUGCUGCCUCUGUGCCCGUGAAAGGCUUCUGUCUGCCCAUGUUUUGAUAAAACUGUGUACUGAGAGGUGGUGUUUGUAGCACAUCGCUGACUUUCACAGGCAAUGGCUUCUAAAUUGGAUAAUAAGACCUUCAUGCGGUAUCACUAUAGUGCUUUGAAAAAAAUUGUUCUAGUUUGCACACAAAUAAUAUAAAUGGCAGCCUUUUCACCUACCAUUGAGAAUGAUUUCUUGUACUAAAGGCCUAUAGAAAUUGAAUGAAAACAGUGAAAGGGAAUUGGAGGAUUUAAGAUUUAGAAGGAUUGAAGAAAUAAAAGGAACAGAACUGGCUUUGAGCUCUGUUUUUAAUUGAGCCUGCUAUAACUCCACAUUUUUAACAUGAUGUCAUUUUUAGGACACUGCAGGACUUGCUAGUGAAAUGUGCUCAUUUAUACAAAUGCUGUUUAUUUAGCUUAAAAUACUGCUUAACCCUAGGAAAAGACAAUUGUCUCUUUGAAUUAUUGUGCUUAAUAAUCGUCAUGAGGAGACAGGUGUCAUUUUAUGCUAUUUUUUUUAAUCACCCUUAAUGUUCCAUUACCGCCUGAUUUUUUUUUUUUUAUCAAACAGCACCUCACUUCAUUGCUCAAUUUUCCUGAAAGAAGAUUUGUCUUCUCCAUCAAUGUGGAUGGCAGUAUGUGGACUCGGCCUUUGGAGCACCUG